AUGGCCGCCCCGGCUCUUGCUUCUGUGCCAAUACUUUCUGCUGUGGGUUUCGCGGCUGGCGGAGUCCAGGCUGGGACCCUAGCGGCGACCAUCCACGGAAGCAUCGGUAAUGUCGUGGCCGGCAGCGGCUUCGCGAUUGCUCAAAGCGCGGGUGCUGGAGGUGCCGGACUAGCCGUUGUCAACGGGGCUGCUCAAGUUUGCGGAGGUGUAAUAACCGCUGGUGUCGGAGGCGUGGCGUGGCUGAAAUCCAAGUUGUGA